AUGUGUUCUAAAUCAAAUUUUGUUUCAUUUCUAGAAUCUUCAAGAGAUCAUCUGAAUCUCUUCAGUAAUCGACAACAGCCAAAGAAAAAGAGAAAAUCCAGGACUGCUUUUACAAAUCAUCAAAUAUUUGAACUAGAAAAGAGAUUCUUAUAUCAAAAAUACUUAUCACCAGCAGACAGAGAUGAAAUCGCUCAAUCGCUGGGUCUUACUAAUGCCCAAGUCAUAACAUGGUUUCAGAAUCGGAGAGCAAAAUUGAAGAGAGAUAUGGAAGAAUUGAAGAAAGAUGUUACAGCUGCUAAGAUUCAACCCAUUCACUCAGCUUUACUCGACAAUAUAGAAGAUCUCACUUUGUUAAAAAAGGAACUACAUAAAAAGACUAAUUGACCAUUGUGUACAUAUUUUACUUUCAAAAGACUACACUUAUUUAAAAGAUGAAUACAUCAUGUCUGGAUUUUUAUAUAAAUCCAGAAUUUAAACAAAAAUAAUAAUUAAAAAAACAAAUAAUAAUAAUAA